AUGAGCCGAGCUCGCGAUGAGCGCUCGAAGGAGGAGACGCUGGCGCAAGAACGCGUCGAACGCCUGCUGAUCGCGGCCCGAAGUGGGCACUUGUCAAACGUGCAGCUGCUGCUUGAAGAGCGGGUAGAUCCAAAUGCCAGCCUGGGCAUGGACUGCACGGCUCUGCAGCAGGCAGCUGCCCACGGCCAAACGGCAAUAGCAAACCUCUUGAUUCAGGCGGCGGCAGAUGUAAAUCUUGCCGAAGACAUCGACCACUCCACGCCUCUUCAUUUGGCCGCUGAGUUUGGGCAUGUGGAAGUGUUGCGACUGCUGCUUCAGGCAGGUGCCCUACCAGAGGAGCUGGAUACCUACGGCCGCAGUCCAGCAGAAAAAGCGGCAGAGUUCGGCCACGCAGAGGUGGCACGGAUGUUGAAGGAGAGAUUUCGCGAUGCAGGAAUGUUCGGGUGCCUGCAUGGCUUGGCGUUGGAGUAUCAUUUGGGCGCCAAAGUGUUUGAAGAGGCGAUGGCAGAGAGGGCCGAGGAGCGGCGGCGCUUAGAGGAGGAACGGAGGAGAGAGGAGGAGGAGCGCAAGCGACGCCGACGACGUGAGCAAGAGGAGGUCGGGGAUAUUUGCUGUGGGGUCAGGGUUCUUCGAGGGUAUUGUACAGUGAGUACAGAAGAACUUCAGGCGUGUCAUUUUCGCCUGAUUCGGCCCUCUGUGGCAGAGCGCCGCUUGCGAUCACCGAAGUCAGUCCAGAGAGGCGGAGCACCAAACACAGCAAGGCAACUGGCUCCUCGUUUCGUGGCUCCAGGAGUCCGAGCGAAAGCGAGCAGAAGAGCGGAGGAUCGCCGUGGAGUUGCGCCGGCCCGGUUCGGUUCCACCAGUCUCCAGCCUCUCUCUACCCACAGUCUUUCUCCAUCCGGUCCAGAGCUGCCUCCCGGACGGUCUCUUGAGGAGAAGUUUCGUCGACAACAAGAGAUGGCUGCCCAACGUGCCCGCCUCGACAAGCAUGUGCAGCUCAGGGCCAGGCUCAACGUGAAGAGGAGCAUGGAUUUACCACAGCGCUGCUUCGACAGGAGCGUCGGAAGAAGGAGGAGGCGCGGCGGCUCGAAGAGGAGCGGCGGAAGGCGGAGGAGAGGAGACGUGAGGAGGAGGAGCGCCUGA